AUGUUGGGACGCAAUGCUGGUUGUUUUAUUGAAAAAGUUUAUUCAUUAUACCAUAUAUCACCAAAAAAUUCAAAUGAAUUGCGAGAAUGUGCUGCUUCGUUAGAACAACAAUUAUUGACCACCGGUAAAAUUUUUACCAUUCGAUGGAUUGCUUCUAGUGAACGUACAUUAAGAGCUGUAUGGAAUAAUUUUGAAGCUCUAUACAAACAUUUUUCCUAUGCAUCUACCGGCACUCGCAGAGAUUCUAAAGAAAGAGCUAAAUAUGAAGGAUUAAAAAAUAUUCUUACUUCAGAAAAAUCUGUGUAUAAUCUUGGUAUAUUAUAUGAUUCAUUAAUAGAACUAUCUGAUUUAUCUAAACAAUUGCAAAAAAGAGAUAUGACAUUACCUGUUGCUCAUAGAACUAUUCAACGUUCAAUUAGAGUUCUAGAAUCGAUGGCGAAUAUUAUAACCCGGUCCCAAAAGUCAAGAGAUUUUGAAGUGCUUUCACCAGAAAAUUGGCCUGAAAAUAUAGACAUUCAAUAUGGAGAUAAAAAUAUUCAUCGCUUGUCACAAUUGUUUCAAAUUGACCAAGUUUCAGCUGUUCGGGGUUUUCGUGAGUACAAAGAAAACAAAAUACUAAACAGUGACAUAAAACCACUUUUAACUAUAAUUAAUUCAAUAGCAAUUUCAUUAUCAGAAUGUGAGCGUACGUUAAGUUCGAUGAAUUUAAUUGUGUCUCCUAUUAGAAGUACAUUAACGUCUAAUCAUAUUUCUUCACUAAUAUUUAUUCAUUGUGUUGGACCACCUUUAGAUAAUUUUAAUCCUAAGCCCUUUUUUGAAUCAUGGAUUAGAAAGGGAAAACGUUCUGCUACUGAAUCUAUAUGUUUAAAAAGAAACAAAAAAAACUUAAACAAAGAAUCUCAUUCGUAUUAUCCUAUAUGGCAAUGCCUCGAUACUUAA